AUGUUUCGUAAGCUGAGGUAUUUUACCAUAGUUCUUCUUUCAAAAAUAAUCACGUAUCGUUGGAGGCUUUUAACUGUUGGAGUUAUUUUGGCUACGUCGGUCUUAGGUAUUUUUCUCAGCUUCCGUCAAACUCCGCAUCUCAGACAGUCUGGACCUAGUCGCGAAUGUAAAACUUGGAAAGAAUCUCUACAGCACAAAACUACUCUGAUAACAAAGACUCCAUGUGCAAGGAACUACUUUCUUCUCAUCCUAGUUUCAUCUGCACCUGCAAACCAAGGUAGAAGAAAUCAUGUUCGUAAAACCUGGGGCACUGAUAACAACGUGUCUCCAGUGUGGAAGACAUACUUUCUGAUUGCGCAAACAGAGAAUCAAACACAUUCAGAUUUUGUCCAUAACGAAGACAAAGUCUAUGGCGACAUAAUUCGCGCCGACUAUUACGAGAAUUACUGGAAACAGAGUUUUAAGGUUAUGAUGGCCUUUGAGUGGGCAUCGCGAUAUUGCAACUUCUCGUACCUCCUAAAGACAGAUGAUGACAUAUUGGUCAAUAUCGAAGACUUUAUUCAAUUUUUGCAGAAGAAAUCAACUCCCAAAAAAGAACUUUUUUUAGGAAAACUUCAUCACAACCCUAUCGUACGUCGAGAGGGGAAAUGGAACGUGAGUUACGAAGAGUACAACCACACUCACUAUCCAGAUUUCUGUAGUGGGGCCGGCUUUGUUAUGACCUAUGACGUUAUCGAGUGCAUUGUUCCCUUGUUCGACGUGAUUAAGCCGUAUAGGAUGGAUGAUGUGUAUGUAGGAAUGCUUGCCCAUGCAUCUGGCGUGAUAGCAGAGGAUCAUGUUGGGUUCUUUAUGCCAAUUGAUGAUUAUGACGACUGCAUUUUUAAACCAAAUGUUCUUCUGCAGCACAGAGCGACUGGACAGUGUUUAAAUAAAUUACUUCGUAUUCACAGGAAGGACUUUCUGUAUGGCAUAAAAUUGGGUUCAUUUUUUUGA